AUGGAUUCUCAAAUAUGUAGGAAAAUAUCGUGCAUUUUGUACAGGAACCCAGUAUCUGUAUUUGGUGGGUUCGUUCAGUUUCAAACCAAAUAUGUAACAGAUGAAGUGAGCAUGCAAGAUAUGUUUUCAAUGUACUUGGAAACUCGCUCACAGAUAUCAUUCAUCGAGCUGUAUAUUGAGUUUGAGCAGUCGGAAGCAGAUCAGAAUAUUGAGCUGGAAAAUUAUAAUAGUGAUAGUGAGGAGGAGUUCGAAAGUAAUUAUGAAUGCCUUGAUCCGGGUGGAGAUGGAGAUCAGGCCGACGAUACUAUGCAGGUAGAUGUGGCCGAUGUGGCAAAUGCACUAGUAAACCAGCAUCUGUUUGUGGAGUCUACUUUCAUGCGCUCGUUGGAUUUGGAGGCCAUGCAUACACCGGAAUUUCCUGAGUAUAUGAAUGCAGAGUACAUAAUUUCUGGUGUGAAUGUAGCAGAGCUUCCUGUUGUAGUGGAUGGUGAAUUUAUCGUGGGGAUGGAAUUCAGUUCUAGGGAAGCAGUGAUUAAGGCGAUGAAAGAUUAUACAAUCCGUCGAGGCGUGGAUUAUCGGGUGUACGAGUCGGAGCCAACAACAUUCUAUGCUAAAUGUACGCAGUAUGGUGCUGGUUGUGACUGGCUGAUCAGGGUGAGUAAGAUGUUCAAAAAGUACUGCUGGGAGAUAAGGAGGUACAAUGGUAGUCACACGUGUACUCGAGCAACCAUUUGUCAAGAUCAUUCCAAAUUGGGUUCCGACACAAUUGCAGAAGCAAUUAAGCCGUUGGUAGAAGUUGACCCAUCUAUAAAGGUAAAAUCAGUCAUUGCGGAGGUACAGUCGAAGUUUAAUUACACCGUAAGUUAUCGCAAAGCUUGGUUAGCAAAGCAGAAAGCAGUGGAGUCAAUUUUCGGCGGAUGGGAAGCUUCGUAUGAAGCUUUGCCCAUAUGGUUUGAGGCCAUGUGUCAGAAAGAGCCAUCAGCGGUCGUUCAUUUUGAAACAAUGCCUGCGUACCAGGGUGAUGACUUGGUUCCUGACAUCCGUGUCUUACAUCGAGUCUUCUGGAGUUAUUACCCUUGUAUUAGAGCAUUCCGACAUUGCAAACCAAUAGUGCAGGUAGAUGGAACUCAUUUGUAUGAAAAAUAUAAAGGUUGUCUGUUGGUGGCAGUAUCUCAGGACGGCAACAACAAUAUUGUGCCCAUUGCAUUUGCGAUAGUGGAGGGAGAGACCUCUGACGCGUGGCACUUUUUUCUCAGUAACUUACGACAGUAUGUGGUGACGCGUGACAGUGUGAGCCUUAUAUCCGACAGACAUGAAUCCAUCAACUCAACUAUUGUUCGGAGUAACGGAGCCUGGUCUCCUCCUAGGGCUUACCACAUGUUUUGUAUCAGGCAUAUAGAGUCGAACUUCCUGACAAAGUUCAAGGCUCCGUACUUGCAGAAGCUUAUCGUCAACAAAGGAUAUUCGAGGACGGUUCGGGAGUACGAGAUACGUUAUCAGCGAUUGCGUGAACGUGGUGAGGCGUACAGUAAUUGGCUAGACAGGAUACCGUGCGAGCAGUAUGCCUUGGCAUUUGAUGAUGGAUACCGAUGGGGUCAUAUGACAACUAAUCUGGUGGAGUGCAUCAACUCGGUUUUGGAAGGAGCGCGCAAUCUCCCAGUCACUGCACUUGUUAAGGCAACGUUUUACAGGCUUAAUGAGUUGUUCACACGAAAAAGAGCUGAGGCUGAGGCUCGUAUUAAUGCUGGACAUGUGUUCUCUGAGAUUGUGACUACUAAAUUACAUGCAAAUCAGCGGGCAUCGGGAAACAUCCAGGUUAGUUGCUUUGAUAGACAGAAUGAGGUAUUUGAGGUACGUGAGAUGCCUACUGGAGUGGAGUACGCAGUCGACCUACGUCGAAGAGUAUGUGACUGUGGUGAAUUCCAGGUGGAUCGCAUUCCGUGUCGACAUGUAUUUGCUUGUUGUGCAAAUCAGCGACUUGAUUGGCAGGUGUACGUUCAUGAAGUAUACAAGAUGGACCAAAUUCGAAGAGUUUACAGGGCUAGGUUUAGGCCACUGGAAAAUCCGACAACGUGGCCUAUUUAUACUGGACCUCGUUUCGUGGGCAAUCCGUUUCUUAGACGUGUUGCCAAAGGUCGGCCAAAGAUGACCCGCUUCUUGAAUGAGAUAGACACUCGGAUGCUGCGUGCGCCGAGGCGCUGUAAGCAAUGUGGGGCCGAGGGCCACAGCCGUAGCAGAUGUCGUCAACGUGGUAGUGCAAGUGCAGAUCCAGCCACAUGA